AUGAGCAAUGGAAAAAGCUUUCUGGGAUGGAAUCUCAGAUUCUAUAAAACAGGAAAACUAUGUGAUGCAAUGAUUUUCAACCAUGACCCACCAAGAUGUUUUGAUUGUUGGGUAAUGAAUGUGAGUUGUUCACUUUUGGUUUCUGUUGUAUGUGAUUCAUAUCAAGUUCAUGUUGUUAUGUUAAUGAAGGAAGUGAGAGAUGAGCUUUGUGAGAUGUCACCUCAAAGCCAAAAACAAGAGAUUCAUGAAGUUAUUGAUAUUGAUAUUCUUUCUCAGGUUGCUCUUUCAAGAAAGUCUCCAUAUGUUCAAACUGCCCACAGGCCUUUCUUGACAAAUAAAGAUCAUCUUACUAAUGCAAGGAGAAUUAGGGAAAUAUCUCAGGCUCUUGUUUUAAAUGGAUUUAGAGGAAGGUUGAGUCUCAAAAUUGAGGGUGAAGAUUUUGUGACUUUGGUGACUAAAUCAACUCACCAAGACACUGCAACAAGGAUGACUACUACUGUACACAGAGCUUACAACACAGGCAGAUCCACAAGGUUGACUGCUAAGAAAUAUUCCCAAGUGAUGAAGAGGGAAACAAGUGAGCUUGAUGGAGCCUUAAGGAUUGAGAAGGUUUUUGAUGAAACUGGAAGUAGAGAAAAGAAGGUCAACAAACGGAAGGUGAAAUCAGUUGAAAGAAAUGAGCAACUUGAGGCUAUGGAUGUAGAGCUUGACAUGAACGAAAUGGAUAAAUCUGGCCAAGUAAACAAGACUAACCUCAUUGGAUUUCUUAGAGAUGAUGUUGGACAGUUGAAAGAACUUGAGGGGAAGACUCUUGUUUUAAGCACCAAAGAAGAGCCAAAGUUUGAAGAACCUGAAGAGAAACAUCUCACAUGGGAGUUUGAUAAAGAGAAGUUUGAGGGAUUUUUCCAUCAGAUUCAUGGCUACCAGGCGCUUCUUCCCCUUGUGUCGACUUUCUUCUGCUCUUUCUCUUCUGUUACUUUGUUCUCUGGCCAACCGGGAAGUUCACUUUGCCUAAAUCGUUUCAACAGGAACACCUUAAUCGGACCUAGGGCACGUAAAUUUGAGCACUCUCCAAUGAUGUCAGUUGAGCCCAAGGUCGUCGGCGAGGCGAAAUCAGCUGGAGGAGAAUUGGAUAUCAUGGACAGAGGCACUUAUAUCUGCAAUCUUUUGCUUGGCAAAACAAUUCCUCUUAAACUUGGUUAUGUUGGUGUUGUCAAUCGUUGUCAAGAGGAUAUUAAGCUUAAUCGUGGAAUACAUGAUGCACUUGCAUCUGAAGAGGCUUUCUUCCAAAGUCAUCCAAUAGGGCCCAAUCCCCCCCCCCCUCUCUGCAUAUACACAGCUACCGAUACAUAUUCUUUUGUUGAUGUAUCACAGGUGUAUAAUAGAGUGGCAGAUUGCUGUGGGAUCCCUAAAUUGGCCAAGAAAUUGAAUAAAGUGGUGUUGAUGGCAUCAGCAGGGGCGAAGAUGUCAUUCACCCCUUAA